UUUCAAAUUGCGAUGGGGGUAAACUUAAAAAGGGAGGGACGGGACUGGACUGGACUGGGAGGAACAAAGCGACUUUUUCAAUGCGGAUACAUUGCUCGAUAAUUUGGAAACUAUAACAUUCAAUAAUGGAAAAGUAUUUCUCUCUCUGUUGCACCAGUCCACUAGAUAUGGAGAAAACCCAGCUCUUAAUAGAAUGCCCGUCCAAAAUCCAGAGAGUAAAGUCUAAAGGUAAUCACUGAUGAAGGAAAGCACCAAUACUAGCACUUUCUCUUCUACACAAACUUUGAUUAUAUGUGCAGCUCUCAGCAUGGUAGCUCAUCCUUCCACUGUGCUCAACUCAAUCCAACAUGUGCAUUGCACUUUGUAUCAGAAGAUAGAAUUUUUGUAUAAAAGACUGCAUCUUGCAGUUUUCAUUUGAUUGGCUUGAUAUCUUCUGAUUUUGAUCAGUCUCAUUUGCUGUGUGUGGCGGCUCAUAAGCCAUUUUUACAUAUAUACAGCGGCAAUUUCUAAAGAAUCUAAAGGACCAGUCAGCCAAUAAAACAGUGGCAGAAUGCAAUGGCACAGCAUAAAAACAACAGCUAGCAUUUGAGCUGUUUUACAAGAGUAAAAAACUAAGAAAAGGACUGCAAUUAGCUAAAAAUUGUGAUUAGCUAAGCAAGCACAUUUGACUCUGCUUCUGCAGAUGAUUUCUCUUUACAGAACUAGAAUAUGGAAACCUUGUCUCAUGAUUUCCAAUGUUAUCGUGGUCUGUUGCGAGAGAUGGUGGGAUCAAUGAUUGGGAGCAACACGACGAGUUGGAUGUGCAAUUUUGAGAACAAUGAUGGUUGUGAAUACUGAAAGAGGGGGUUGUAUAAAGAUGUUGAAGUACUUUAUAUUGUUUUCUGCUUUCUCCCUCGUGGUUGUGUUGCAGUUAUUAAUUUUAAAUUUUCUUUUUCUAGCUUCCUCGAAGUGAUUGGCCUUGGUUAUGAAUAGUAAUCAAAUUUUUCCUUCAUUACUCAUUUUUAGAAUAGGAAAGCAAGUUAUAUGCGUAUUGGCUGUGUAGUUGUCAAAUGAAAGGCACAAAGCAUAGUCAAACUUCUACAAAAUGAAACUUCAAUGCAGUACUCUCUGAGUUUGGCACUAGAAACAACAAAGAGGAAAGAGAUAGAUGAAAAGAAAAAGUACACCCAUGUGAUAUGAGAGUGAGAAAAUUAGAAAGAAAUCCCAUAGAAAUAAAAGUGAAUGUCAAACUUAUUUUAAAAAUAAGGGUUAUGAUUUUUGGUUAUGCUUAUGCAAGUCUUUUUUAAUUAGAAUUUUUAAACAUCAUUUUUGUUAUUGGGUCAUAUUAUGUAUUGUUUAUGCCCAUCUUGUACGAUGUUAUCGGUGUCAUCCAACAACCACAUCAUAUUAAUUCAUUCUUCCCUGAACUUUUUGAAAAGUUUGUCUGCCACCUUAGAUUAUUCUAUUCAAAGAAAAUCCUUGUAUAAGCUGAUCUCUAUGUUCACUUAACUCAUAUCCUUGAUACCUCAAACUCGAAUGAUCAGAAAUUUUGGAAUAAUAAACAGAACAAACCACAGAAAUAAUGGCAGUAGCAGUUCUGUCCUGUAUUGCAGAGGAAGUUCUCAAGAAUUUGGGAUCAAGUGCACUUGAUGAAAUUGCCUCAGCAUGGGGUUUCAAGGCUCGGAUCGAGAGCCUGAAGAACACCAUCAACACCCUCAAAGAUGUGCUGUUGGAUGCUGAGAAGAGACAAGCUGAUAGCCACGCAAUUCGUGGUUGGCUUACGAGGCUUACCUCUGUUAUCUAUGCUGCAGAUGACUUGUUUGAUGAGUUCACUACAGUUGCAUCGCGGAGGAAGCUCCUGGGUGGAAAUAAACUAAUUAAGGAGGUACAUACUUUCUUCUCCUGCUCAAAGCAGAUCGCAUUUGCUUUUACCAUUUCCAAAAAGAUUAAAACAAUUAGGCGAGAGCUUGAUGACAUAGUCAAAGAUGGUACCCAGUUUGAAUUUGUACACCGUUCUUAUGAGGAAGGGAGAGUAAUGAAUAGAAGGAGAGAUGAUACUUAUUCUUUUGUUGAUGCGGAAGAAAUUAUUGGUAGAGAUGAUGAUAAAAAGGCCAUCUUGGACAUGUUAUUAGUUCAAUCCACUUCUAUUGAGCAUGAGGUCCUCUCUGUUAUCCCAAUUGUGGGAAUGGGAGGCCUGGGAAAGACAACUUUAGCUCAACUCAUAUAUAAUGAUUCUCAAAUUGAGGAGUACUUCGAGUUGAGAUUAUGGGUUUGUGUUUCAGAUGUCUUUGAUAUCAAAGGAAUCACAGAGAAGAUCCUUAUGUCGGCUACCAACACAGAACCUCUGAAAUUAGAGAUGGAGCAAUUACAGGGUCGACUGCAGAACGAAAUCAGUGAUAAGAAAUACUUGCUUGUUCUGGAUGAUGUUUGGAAUGAAAAACGCGAGGAAUGGCUCAAGUUGAGGGCUCUCUUGAAGAUUGGUAGAAUGGGGAGUAAGGUCUUGGUAACUACUCGAUCAAGGGAGGUGGCAAAAAUAAUGGGCUCUGUACCUCUUUAUGAGUUACAAGGUCUAUCAGAAGAGAAGUCAUGGGAUCUAUUUCAAAAGAUGGCAUAUGAGCCUGGACAAGCUCAACGAAAGUCACAUCUUAUGGAGGUGGGGAAGGAUAUUGUUAAGAAGUGUGCAAAUGUUCCAUUAGCCAUACGAACAUUAGGGAGUCUCCUUUAUGGCAAGGAUGAAAGCAAGUGGUUAUCAUUGAACGAUACAAGUCUUGCUAAUAUACCUGCAGAUCAAAAUGAUACUAUGAGCAUUUUGAAGCUUAGCUAUUUCCACCUCUGGUCCCCGUUGAAGAACUGUUUUGCUUAUUGUGCUUUGUUUCCUAAAGAUUAUGAAUUUGACAAGGAUACAUUGAUCGAUCUUUGGAUGGCUGAAGGCUUUAUUGCUCCAACAGAUUUUGAAAAUCGAGCUCUAGAAGAACUUGGUGAGGAGUAUUUUCAUAUUUUGUUGCAAAGGUGCUUCUUCCAGGACAUACAAAGAGAUGAAUGGGGGUUUAUUACGAGGUGCAAAAUGCAUGACUUGAUGCAUGAUCUUGCUCAAGAAGUGGCUGGAUUCAACUGCAAGGUUGCAAAACUCGAAGACAUAAACUUUGAUAACAAAAUCCAUCACGUGUCCUUUGAUUAUUGUCUGAAUUUCCAGUGGAAGAUCCCGAACAGCAUGCUGAAUCUGAAGCUUCUGCGGACAUUUCUUUUGCCAGCACAAAUGAAAGACGGGUCGCCUUUCAGCAAAUCGAUCUGUCUACAAUUAAUAUCAAACUUUAGAGGCUUGCGGGUACUGGAUAUACAUAACCUUGGGAUCAAAAGUCUUCCUAAUUCAGUAGGUCAACUUAUUCACUUAAGGUACCUUGAUCUCUCUACGACACCUAUCAAAAAACUCCCUGGCUCAAUCACAGAACUUCACAAUCUACAAACGCUGAAACUUUAUGGUUGUUUGAGACUUAGAAGGCUACCUACAAAUAUUAGAGCACUUGCCAAUCUUAGGAGCCUUGACAUUGGUGAAUGUCACUACUUAACUCAUAUGCCUCCAGGAAUAGGAGAAUUGACUUCUCUCCAUAAGUUACCUCGCUUCACUGUUAACCUCGAGCAUUGUCCAAUAUUCAAGGGCAAGCCCACUGCUGCUAUGUUGAGUGAUCUAAAGAACCUCAAUGGCCUGAGAGGAGUCUUGUGGAUUGACAUUCGUGGAAAGGUAAAGGACCCUCAUUUACAAGCAAAGGAGGCAAACAUCACCAACAAACAUGGGUUAACUGAGUUGCGUUUAGAAUUGGGUAACCUUUUGCAUAAAGAUGAUAGUGGCAAUAAUCAGGGUGAAGCCGUGCUGGAAGGCCUCAAACCACAUCCAAAUUUAAGGAAGCUGGAGAUUUAUCAUUUCAGGGGUCAGAAGCUCCCAACUUGGGCAAUGAUGGGCAAUUUGUGUGUUAAUCUACCAAAUUUGGUUGACAUUACACUCCUACGUUGUGACGGGUGCCAGCAAGUGCCCUCUUUUGGCCAACUACCUUUCUUGAAGCGUCUUAAUCUUGCAUGUUUGGCAAGUGUAGAAUACAUGGAAAUGGAAAGCGGUCUGUAUGACUUUCCCUCAUCAUCGAAAUUGACAUCGACAGAGAUACCGUUCUUCCGAUCUCUGAAGGAUCUUACUCUCAUGGGUAUGAGUAAUUUGAAGGGAUGGUGGAAAGGAGAAGAAAAUGCUAAUAGUGAUACAAAAGAAACACUGCAUGUUUCAACGGAACAUCUAUUAUCCAUGUCAUUUUCUAAUCUAUCAAAAUUGAGUGUACAGGAAUGUCCAAACCUCGUGUACUUGCCAGCAUGUCCUAAUCUGGACGAAUUGUCCCUAGUGGACGCCAACGAGACCCUCUCAGUGUCAAAGAUGGCAACAGUGUCAUCAUCAAGGCCUAGCUCUAAGUUGAAAAGGUUGACAAUCAGUAAUGUGGAAGACCUUAUAUCCCUCCCAGCAGAGUUCCUAAAGCAUCUUUCCUCACUAGACAUUUGGGAUGUGAAGCUGGUGAGCACUGACAGAUUAGGAGAAGUCAUGGCAAGUCUAUCUUCUUCUUUGCGAUGUUUGCAGUUCACUCAUUGCAAGAGCUUAAGAAACAUCUCUAAAGGCCUAGAACAUCUGACUGCAUUGGAGGAGUUGGUACUUUGGGAUUGUGAACAGCUUGAUUUUCCACUCGAGGACGACAAUAUGCCCUGGAAAGCCUUCAACAGUAGUCUCCGUUCUUUGCGUUUACAUGUGAUCUCUAAGCUGGUGUCUCUUCCUAAUGGGCUUCAGUACUUGACAAGCCUCCGUUCGCUGAAGGUAACGGGCAAUUAUGAAUUAGCAGAACUACCAGACUGGAUUAGUUCUCUCCAGUCCCUUAAAUAUAUGGAAUUGGACUCUAGUGACAAAUUGACGUCUCUACCAGAAGGCUUUCGCGAGCUCACCACCUUAAAUCAACUACGAAUUGAGGAGUGUCCAGAAUUAACGAAAAGAUGUCGAGGCCCAAGUGGUACGGAAUGGCCCAAGAUUCGGCAUAUUCCAUUUGUUACUAUUCUGGAGAGCUAUCUUGAUUGAUUCAUGGUGUAUUAGUGUAGCAGCCUAGCAGCUUUCUGAUUAAAAUUUAGACAAAGAAACACAGCUUCUACUUAAUUGUUUCUUGUUUUUGUAUAUGUUUUUCCCAUAUAAUCCCUUACAGCCUUCUAUGUAUAUGAAUAUAGACUACAACUACAAGAAGUUAACUGAAGUAGUUCCUUGUAUGUCUGUAAAAAUCAACUUUUAUUGAAUUUUUAUCUAUUCAAUGAACAUGAAUGUCUGCUCUUAGAUUUUAUCCGGGCAGUUAAUUAUAAU